AUGGAAGAGACACUGCCGACGCCUCCAGCAUCCCCGUCAGACGGUCGAGAAGCCCGCUCUGAAGAUGUCGUCCGCGCCAUCGACGACCUGCUGGAGCGUUAUCUCCACCUGCUGGACGAGCAGCAGAAGCUCCAGGAAGCCAUAGGCAAGCAGUUUGCAAGUGGCUUCUUCUCUCUUGCGCGAGCAAACAACUCAUGCCCUCCCGGCCGUCGAUACGGAGAAGACUACUACGACGAACGGAUGAAAGCGACCAGACAUGUGUACAGAGACAGACCACCGAUAAAAGACAUUGAGCAGCCUGGUCUAACAAAGAUGUCUAGUGAAAUUACAAUGACAGACCCGGCAAACAAGUCGGAAGCGUCGCUAUCAACCCCCGCGUUCAAGACCGUGACUAUCGAAAUGAAGCCCGACUCUAGCAACGACAAAGACGCCCCCAACGAGGCAAAAGAGGAAGAACAAGAGGAGCCAUUCAGCGAAGAGGUUGAGCCACGGACAAAGACGGUGGCCGAAACAAAGACGUCCAAUCCGCUGCACUGGUUCGGGAUUCUGGUCCCUCCUCCACUCAGGAACGCUCAAGAGGCCUUCUGCGGUGCUGUGGCAGGUCCGAUCCCCGCGCUAGCGGGCGUUGUUAGUGAGAUGCGAGAGGUCGAGCGGAAGGUAGAAGGUUUGCGACAGCUGCUCGGCGUGACUGGGAUUCAAACUGUCUAA